UAUAGUGGUUGGGAUUGAUAGUUCUUUUGAUGGUUUAGACAAAAAAACUGUAGAUAAAUUAACAAGAGGUUGUAUGUCAAGAUCUUUGUCUUGGUAUUCCUCAUAUAACCAACAACUUGCUACAAAAUUAAUAGAAAAUUUUGCAGCAGAAGAAAAUACCAUGACUCUGAAAAAAUAUCAACAAGGAUAUCCACGAUUUGUUAAUAACAUGCAACUACAUGUAAAUGAACUAUCCUUCAACAAAAAUACAUGA